UCGAUAUGUAACUCUUCCGUGUAUCAUAGCAUACAUCCUUGUCGAUAUAUAGCAACCCGAAGAGGAGAGGACUCCAACUAAUAUGGAAUGUAGCUACUACUUCGCUAAAUUACUUAUCGAUGGAGGAGGAAGGCGAUUAAAUGGAGUCGGCCUCAAGAUCUAACGGGGACGAAGACGAGCCUGGGAGAUCUCUGGGAUCAUCUCAAAGAGGUUUGCUUGAGACAAAAAUAGUCUAUUCACGGCUCAAAUCUAUUCUGCUAAACAGUUCUAAAGAGGGAAGAUGGGGGAAGGAGAGGGCGGCGGACUAAACUGCAGCUGCUAACGGAUGAAACUACAGCAGCAGACGACGUUGUCGACGGCGACAAACGGAGCUGUAACAUCGGACGGAACGAACGACGGCGGUGGGCGGAGCGAACGAAGGCGACGACGUAGGGUUUCAUUUUCACCUCUGCUUUCUUUCAGUGGGUCGGGUUGGGGCUGUCAGGUCACAGCGUUAGUUGGUUCCAUUGAACCAACUUAUCAAGUCCAAUCGAACGCUCGAGGCGCCGAACGCCUGGGUUCAGGCGAGCGCCGGAGCAGCACUUCAAGGGGUUGCGCGAGGCGCUCAGGCCUCACCUCACCUUGCCCGACAUAAUUGGCAAAGGUUGACGAAGCAUGUGAUUUCAGAGACUUGAGCUUCACAAUUCCAACAAAAGGUGUGAAAGAGAAUAAUCCAUCAGCAUUUCAAUCAGAGAGAGGAGAAACUUUUUACUGCCUGACGAUUUAGCCUUUAGUGUCUUUCCUACCAAUAGCAUCUCCAGGUGAUUGUGCAGGUGUAUGUAAGUUUUAGAGACAGAGGUGAUUGUGCACAAUAAAUUACCUGUGAUCUCUGACAUAGAUGGCAUUGAUGGAAGUAGACCUUGUUCCCCCCUUGGUUUGAAGAAGUAACUGUAACAUAAGCCGAGACGUAGAAUCGGGAUAUGUCUGAACAAGUGACUGAGAAUCAGAGACAUACACAUGAGUAAUUGUAAAUUGUAUGUCUGGAUAAGUUUAGAGUUUAAAUGCUAGUCUUAGAUACAGCUAUGGAUUGACCCAGUGGCCGGAGCUAUUGGUACUUUGAAUGCCACCUUCAGUUCUGCAUGAAAAUUACUUGGCAAGGGCCUCAGGCAUUCCGACUGUAAACAGGUUGAUAAACGUUGAAAGGCCUAUGGAUCCUUUGAUCAUUUUGUCGCUUUUGUUCUCUGUUGUUGUAGGGUGAUGAUUUGGGUGAUUGAAGUUAGCGUCAUCUUUUUCUGAUUUAUUUUCUGAUUUUUUUAAAAUGUGAUUGCCAAUUUACAUGUUAAGUUAGCGUCAUCUUUUCUUAUUGACCUAUGUAAGUGCAUACAAGACGAAUGUCCAGUUGUUGUCUGGGAACCCCUCACAAUUUCCUGCCAAGGUGCAUAGGUCAUGUAAAUUUGCAUUUAGUUAUUUUGGAUCUUCAAGUUAAUACUCCCCAGAUCAUAUCUGGCUUGACUUUUUGAGAAAGCUAUAGUCAAUUUUGGUUGUUGUCAAGGCCUUCUUCGUGGGUAGAUUAUAUCUUGUUCCUAAAUGUGGAAUUAGCUCCUUAUGUGUUACCUGCAAACAGGUUUCUGACCAUAAUUUCACAAGUAGUAGCUAGUAUGGGAUUAGAUCAGUAUGAAGCUAGCAUUUCUGUGCAAAUUAGCCUCAGUAGACGUGCAAUCAGAAGACCUACCGGUACUAACAUGCUGAACACAAAGGUAUGUUUUAAUCUACUUGUUCUUUGUCAUUUGUCUAGAAACUGAAUUAGAGAACACGAUCACGAAAUAUGCUGAACGUGCAUAUAUGUGACUCUCUUCUAAUUUUCCAUGGUAUUCAAUGCUACUGGGCAAAUGCACCACAGAUUUACGUGUUCUAUAUGUAAAUUAUUUUUCAUAUUUUUAAUGGAUUAUAAUUGUUGACUUUGGAUGAAUAAUAUCAUACAGAAUAAUUGGCUUGUGUUAGAUGAAUAAUUGGCUUAUGUUCAUUAAAUAAUUAACUUCAUUUAUUAUUUUGAAUGGAAAUGGUUUUACUAUUUUACACCAAGACUCCUCGUGAUAACAAAUUGGGUUUAGAGCACUCCUAAGUCCGCUUAAAUGUCUGGGACCUCACUUUUUUUCCAUCCACCAUUGAUCACCGUGAUGAAAGAUCCUAUCUGGCAAUCAGGUGGCAGAAAAUUGCUUAGUCAGCUUCAAGGUAGCACAGGAGAUGACAUGUCUGACAAGUUAUCCAAGAAAAUUGGAAGGAUACCUCUUGUGUGUUGAUUCUUUUGCACGAUGACUCCUUGCAAGUUACUCCUGAAGAACUCCUGGUUCAUUGGAAUUUCCUCUGACCUCUUUGUGUUCAUCCACCAUGAUCGUAGACUCAUGUAAGAUCAGUUAAUUGCAUCAUAAUGUUUAUGGCCUGAAAACCUAUAACUGAUUGACGUGAUAUAUUUUAGUUUCUCACUAUAAUUUGUUAAUCAAUAUUUAGUAUCAUACUGCAAGUAUUAUUAUUGAUAGAUAUAACAAGACAAUAAUUACAGUCAUGUAUUUUACUGCAUUGUUAGCUUCCUGGAGAAUUAUCUGAGAUAUCAUUGUUACUUGUGCUCUUGGUGUUGUUACCUCUCAUUUAGAGACACGGAGAUAACAAGAUGAAACCUAAGCUUUUCUUGUUCAACCCCACCCGUUUCUCCUGGACAUUGUUGCUUUCCCUAAAUUUAGUUGAGAUGUGUUAGGUUUCUGGCCUAAUUAGUUUCAUAUUGGACCUACCAUGUUAGGUUUUGUGUAAAAGGUCGAAAGGUAAGUGAUGAAAGUAGGAUUCGAGCCUAGAACUUUUGCGAUAUAUUGUUGAAGUCUUGCACUUUCUAUUAUGUCAAAUGUUGCUAAAAGAAACAUGCUUGGGUGUACAAGAAAGAAUCUAUGCUUGUUUAAUCACUAGUUCCUCAUCUCAUUGUAGGAUUACAUUGUCCAGUCACCUGUGCUGAGAGAGCAAAACUGGGGAGUCUGAACAAGCUGGAAAGAGGUGAAAGGUCGAUACCAGCUAUGCCGGUGAUGCUCUAAGAGCCUCUUUGUUCUUUGGUGGAAGUCUGUGGGUGUGAAUUGCACUCAUCAAGACACGGCAACGGUUUUCAUUUUUUUCUUCGUGAUAUGUUUGCCGAAGCUGUAAAUUAGCCAAUUGUGGUAGAACUCGAUGUCAUGGAAUGGAGUGAAAUGCUAGCUGGCCAAGAUAGAGGGAUAAGUAAGAGGGGUAAUGUCUUCACAAUCUUCCAGUAAUUUUCCAGUAUGUUGUUAACCUCAGUCCGUACUGUGUUAUAACAGCAAAACUAGUGUGUUUCAGGAUCACCAUCUCCACUCCAUCGUGUCCGUCUGACCAAUCCUGCAAAUGUACACAAUAUAUUCAGCUCAAAUGUCUCUUAAAAUUACCAAAUAAAAGAGCGUCUAUAUGUACUACACUAAAUUAUAGUGGAAUAAAUAUGACAUGUGCAGCAUAAAGUAAUAAAAGUAUUUAUUGUAGCUUAACUUGUUUUCCGGUGGAAGGAUUGUCUCACUUUGCUGAGGGUGAGAGGGUUCCCGAUCCCUUUCGGGCAUCUUCUCGUCAUCCUUCUUCCCAUGGCUACCUUCUCCCUGCUGCAGACCAACCCGAUGACUGUGACGGUCGGCAUGCCUGUACCCAGCGCCGUGCCGAUCCCUUUCGGGCAUCUUCUCGCCUUCCCCCGUCGCUCUCCUCCCUACGUCUCUCCCGCGGCGUUUCGUCCCUCUCCACUUCCCGGCUCCUGCUCUGCCCCGUUUCUGUAUCACGCUGUGUCUCCCGAUCUGUUUCCGGCUUCGCCCUACCCUUCUUCUCGUUGCUCGCUUCUCCCUGCUGCACAGAAUCUUCCCCUUUGCUCGGCUGCUCUUCAACUCCCCACCGCGCCCCAAUUCCAGGAUUUGGCCACAUCUCAGCCGCUCCAGCAGACGUCGUUUCCGACCCGAGGAAAGCCGGGUUCACAGUAGGAAGCAUCGAUACAAAGAAACCCGGGUUCACAGUAAGAGGAGCAGCCGAAACCGGGGGGCAUGGAGCAGCCGGGUUCACAGUAGGAGGGGAAAGAGGAGCCGCAGACGAAACUGAGGGCCAUUGAAGCAUCGAUCCAAAGAAUGCCGGGUUCACAGUAGGAGAAAGAGGAGCAGCCCAAACUGGGGGACAUGUAGUAGCCGGGUUCACAAUAGGAGAAAGAAGAGGAGCAGCCGAGAAUGGGGGACAUUGAAGCAUCGAUCCAAAGAAAGACGGGUUCACAGGAGGAGGAAGAGCCACAACUGGGGAACAUGGAAGCAUCGACCCAAAGGAAGCCUGGUUCAUAGAAGGAGGAGGAGGAAGAGGAGCCGCAAGUGGGGGAGAUGGAGGAGGAGCCGUAACUAGGAGACCUGGAAGCAUCGAAGCCAGGUUCACAGGAGGAGGGGGAGUUCCAAAGAAAACCAGGUUCACAGGAGCCGCCGCAGGUGGAGGAGGAGCCGCGGCGGGACGAGGAGGAGGAGGAGGAGGACGAGGAGGAGCCGCCGCAACUCGGGGACAGGGAAGCAUCGACCCAUCUCCUCCUCCGCUCCCUCGUGGUUGUGCCGGCAUUGCCAACGUCCGGGGAACUAUAGGCGGCGGCGCCCACUCAACGACGCACGGUCGGUCGUUAAAAACGUGCCCGUUCAUGCCAUCCCUGCAGGCAGCCGCGGCCAUGGGGUCGUAGAAAUCGACGAUGCACAUGCCAUUCGAUUUCCCGUUGUCCCACACAUCGAAUUUUAUUUCCUUCACACGCCCAUACUUGCAGAGCUCCGCCUCUAUUUCGGCAUCGGUGGUCCACCAAUGGAGUUCGCCGACUAACAGAGACGUAUCGCCGGGUUGUUCGCCGCCUUCAUCAAGAAGCCCUCCGGUUUCUUCACUACCUCCGGCGCUACCAGCACCUCGGCUUGGGGAACCCAAACGCUCAUUUCCCUGAGGCGGCGUCGGCGGCACCGUGGAGGGGUCGGUCCGCCUCACAUUUCCGUCCCGGAUACCCACGGCUUCUUCGCUCCGGUUGAAGUCCUCGCCGAUGUUGAGGUCGCCGUAAUGUUCGUCGUACUCCACCGAACGGGACUGGUCGUGCGGAGACGUAAGGGAUGGCGGUGGCGUGGAGGGGUCGACCCGCCUCUCAUUGCCGUCGCGGGGACGUACGGCUUCUUCGCUCCGCUGGAAGUCAUCGCCAUGCGGUUGGUCGUCACCGUUGGCGGUACUUUCCCUCCGGUGCAUUGUGGCUUAUUCCGGGGGACGAGUAUUUCCGGCAAAGAUUCUCAAGAAAGAAGGCGGCAGAGUCUUGAACGGUGCUCUAACGAGACGAGACGGGACUCGACCACUUCAACUAUGCAUAGAUCAAGCAUCAUCGAGCGAAAGCUUUCGGAUUACUAUCGUUGGACAGUAAGAAAAAGGAAGUCUUGCUCAAGUGGACGCCACCAAACGCAGCAGAACCGACCGUCCGAGACUGAGUGCGGUCGUCGAAAGAAGGGAGGGAAUUCUUUGAGAAAAGAUAGGAGCUGCGUCGGUGGAGAAUAAUGUGCAAUCACCGGCAGCGACGCAAACUCAUCUCUUCGUCAUGUCCGAUUGGAUAGUGACUUCCAUUUGUAUUCUCGUUAGGCUACGGAAAUGUUACCAUGGGAGUUGUGUGAGGUUCGACGAGCA